AUGGCCGCUUUUGUUCUACUGGAGAACGGCCCGGAGAUGGUGGCAUCAUGGAUAAACUUGAGCGCCGGCGUCCAAGUCAAUGGAACGCCGGCUUUUGAGGCGGCUCAUGGGAAGGAUAUAUGGAGCUAUGCAGUUGGGGAUGAAUCUUUUAGUAAGCUAAUCAAUGAUGCAAUGGCUUGUGGAGCUAGAGUGGUGAAAGUGCCGGCGAUUAUUAAAGGUUGUCCUGAGGUGUUUGAUGGAGUUGGUAGCUUGGUGGAUGUUGGUGGCGGGAACGGAACGGCUUUAGGGUUGUUGGUGAAAGCUUUUCCAUGGAUUAGAGGGAUCAAUUUUGAUCUUCCUUAUGUUGUGUGUGAUGCUGAGCAGUCCCAUGGAGUUGAGAAUGUGGGAGGUGACAUGUUUCAGAGUAUUCCAAUGGCUGAUGCUAUUUUCAUUAUGGUGCAAACAUGCUGGGAUUUUGUUCUUAAAUUUUAGGUUAAGAUUUCUGAGGUGAAGAAUCUAUUAAAAAGACAUAAUUUCUUCUCUUUAAGAAUCUAAAACAACUUCUUUUAAAAAAUGAG